CGCGGUGCAGUGAUGCUCCUUCGCUUCUGCACGCCAUCGCUUCGCUCUAAAGCUAUUCAGCACCACCGCCAUCACCAUCACCCCUACUAACACACACCCACCCACCCACCCAGCCAUCAGCAGCAUCCAGCAGAAGCGAAACAAAGAGCCACCAGGGCCUGCCUUAGUGGCCAUGGGUUGCCAGUGAUAUCGCGCAGUAGUGUUCCGGCGGCCAGCAGCAACAACAGCUCAACAACCCCCGUAAACGGUGUACGCGGCUGCACACCACACCUAAAGGCGUGUCGCUAGAAGGAGGAUUUUUGUGCAGGCACCUUUGCGAACCCUGAGGCACUGCACCCGCAACCUUUGACCGUAGCUUGGCAUCGGUAUCGCUUGCGUAGAGCACAAACAGAGUAGCGAGCACACACAUAUAAGUAUAUACAGCGAGUACAGUACGGCCGCACACAGGAUGGAUACGUUCUUUCGGAUGAGGCGAUCGUCGCACACGUCCGCGUUCGGUGCGAACCAGGAACCGCUGAUCGUGGUGGAGGAGUCGGAGAACUGCGAGAAGGCGGAGGAGACGAGCCAGGCGUCGUCGCAGCGCCAGUCGCUGGACAUCGAGUCGCCGGAAAACCCGUACCUGCUGUCGCCGUGGCGCGAUGCGCGGGAAACGCGGAAGCACUCGCUACCGACGCCACCGUGCACGAGCGGUAUCACCGCGAGCCAGGUCCGCCGGUUAUCGGAGCGGGGUGGCGAAGGUUCGGGACCGUCGCCCCGCGAACAGGCCUUCCUCGCCACGCUCUACAGCACGCCGGCACCGCAACCGGGCGGUCGGCGCCACUCGGUCGUCACGAUCAGCCGCGUACCGCCGACCAUGUUUGGGCGGAGCCGGCGCGAAUCGAUCGCCGCCGUACCGCCAGGAGCAGCCGGAGGCCAGAGACCGGCGUCGUACUCGCGGCGCGAGAGCAACAGCGGACCGCCACCGUCGACGGAUCACCGCGGUAGCAUACACAACCUGCAGCUGGACAUCAUGGAUGACAUCGUGCAGGCACGGAAGGCCCGCAUGAAACUGUGGAACACGAGCAACGAGCGGGUGUGCGAGGUGCAGACACUGGACGAGGCCGGUACCGGGUCGAGCUCGCCGAUGCGCUACACCAACCGGCGCUACUCGGACUUUGUCGGUACCGCGCUGCCCCCGAUCCAGUCGUUCCGGCGUGCCUCGGAGCUACCGGUGUCCCCAUCCGCCCCCGGCGGGGCCGCCUCCCUGACGCCCUCUCUAACACCGAUUACAAUCCCGGAGGCGGCAGGGUUAACGAGUGCGGCGGCAGGGGCGGCCGGGGCCUCCUCUGCCACCGCCAAACCAAAGUCCGGCCGGAUGGGCAUCGUGUGCACCAACACCGACCUGAUCUCGUUGCUGUCCUCGCUCGCUUCGUCCGCCACCGAGAUCAAUCGAUGCGGCGAAAAGGAUGCCCAGCCCAGCCCACUGACACCGCUUACCGCGCCCUUCAAAGCGCUGCUCAAGACGCCCACGUCGGCCGGUGGUGACGUCCCGACACAGGCGGCGCUACUGCAGCCACCAGCAGCGGGCGAGAAGCUGCGGAAGAACCGUUCGAACAGCUUCGACAGUUCGCUCUACCACAGCAUCAAGCAGCUGGCGACGGGUGCGGGUGCACUGUCACCGGGUGGUGGUGGUGGUGGUGGUAACGCAACCGAUACCGAGCGGCCCUCGAUCGAACCGGGCUGGUUCACCAAACGUCACCAGCCGAUGGCACGCCGCAAAUCGUCGCUCAAGAGCCCGAGCGCCACGCUAACGUUUGCCAACGAGGCACUGGAGAAGCUGCGGCGCGAAACGCACCGCACCGCCAGCCGCGUCACCAUCCUCGAUUCACCGAAGCAGUCGGAGCAUCCGGUCAAACCGUCGGUGGCGGCCGGGGCAGCAGUCGGAGCAGCAGCAGCGACGUCAUCAUCAUCGUCGUCCUCGUCGGCUAAGGCGACGGGCUCGGCCAAGGAGUCCCGGUCGCCGCUCAACAAGCUCAAGUGGGACGGCCGGAGUGCGAUCGUCGAUGCGCGCAUGAUCGGUCACGCGAUCGAGAACUUCAUCACCGGGUCAUCGUCCUCCUCGUCGUCGGCGUCGGGAUCCGGGGCGAGCUCGGGCUCAGCGUCCACCGGUACCGGCACCUCGCUGCUAUCCAAAAAGACACUCGGUGGUGGUGGUGGGAAGGAAGGAGGGGGAGGAGCCGGAGGUCGCUCGGCCUCCAAGAAGUCCACCGCCUCGAGCUGGUUCGGCAAGGCCGCCGAUGAUGACGAUUCCAACGAUACCUGCGAUUCGUCGCUCUGCUCCACCCUGAAGGAUCUGUUCGUCAAGUAAGCAAGACCGGAGCGAAGGAGCCAUCAGCCAUCAGCCAUGUGCCAAGCACACACAAACACACACAUUCGGCUACGACUGUGAGCUUGGCUUCGACUUCAUAACGCAGACCCCACCGAGAUCUACUGCUACCCACCGAUAGAGAUAGAGAGAGAGAGAGAGAGAGACAGGCGAGAAGGAAGUGGAUGUGCUUAGAGUUAGGCUGCGAGCGCCUGAGCUACUGCGGCGCCUCUUAGCGGCAGCGAACCGAACUACUGAAGUGAACUACUAAUAUAUAGGGCCCUAUACCCAGAGUCUGUCUGUCAAUAACGACUGCUUUACAACUGUUGAAAAAAACUUGGCAUGAACUGUACAAACUAUGAAUGAAAUAUCAAUGGCAACUUGCGACGAAAAUCCAGCACUGGGUACCUAAAACGACUCAGCUCAUCCGGCGGCUAGAGUCCACUGUGAUCAAAUUCAUGCUUCUUUUGAAGGCAGGAAGGAAAGUGGAGGAUUCCGCGACCAAUCAAGAGGACUCGGGACGCGCGAGUCAACGGUAGUUUUUCGAGCUUCUCCAAUCUUUAACAAUUGUCCCUAAUGAUUUGUGCAUUUUGAGCAAUUUCCUGACACAAAUUAAUCCAGAAAUUCCGAACAAAAAACCUGUUUCUACACGUUUGCUCGCCAAGUUCUAGAAGUUCUAGCGUUUGAAUUUGUUUGAUUAGUUGCGGAAAUCGCAACAAGCAUCUCCAAUUUGAGUCUCAUAUGACAGACUCGCAGUCUGUUACCAAAAGGUAAACGACUGGAAAAGUGAGGCUCGGUAGAGUUUCCGUCGAUGUUUUUCCGUUUCGUCAAAGUCACCAAGCUAACGAUGUUGGUUGGUGGUGGUAUUUGUGAUUUUUAUGGUGGUAUUAGUAACUGUUGUGUAUUCG